AUGGCAACACGGAACGUGGGAGCUUCCCAAAACAUGAACCGGCAAAGCAUGGCCCCCGGCAACAGCAUCGCCAAGAAUAGACAACUCGCGCAGCUACACUCGCAACUCGCGCAACUAUCGUCGAACCUCUCGGACACGGAGAACUUGCUUCGUAUGACGAGCGUGCAGGCGGAGGCGAUGAGGGGGCUCGGCAGCUGGCAUGGCGGCCUAUUUAUGGCCGCCAGCAAGGUGCUGGGAGAAGAGAGCGUGAACGACGCGCCGCAGGGCGCUUGA